AUGACUAUUGACAACACCACCAAAACUACUGUUCCAUUCAGUAGAGAGCAAUUAGAAAGUGUUUUAAAAACCAGAUUCUUUUACGCCCCAGCUUUUGAAUUAUAUGGUGGUGUUUCUGGUUUAUACGAUUAUGGUCCACCAGGUUGUGCUUUCCAAGCCAAUAUUGUUGAUGUUUGGAGAAAGCAUUUCAUUUUAGAAGAAGAUAUGUUAGAAGUUGACUGUACCAUGUUAACUCCCCAUGAAGUUUUAAAAACUUCUGGUCAUGUUGACAAAUUCUCUGAUUGGAUGUCUAAGGAUCCAAAAACAGGUGAAAUUUUUAGAGCUGAUCAUAUUGUGGAAGAAGUCUUGGAAGCUCGUUUGAAAGGUGAUCAAGAGGCAAGAGGUUUAGUGAAAGACGCCAAUGCUGCAGUCCAAGAAAAUGCUGAUAAAAAGAAGAGAAAGAAGAAGGUUAAGCAAAUUGAAGCUAUAAAAUUAGAUGACGAUAUUGUUAAGGAAUAUGAAACUGUUUUGGCCAAAAUUGACGGUUAUUCUGGUGAAGAUUUGGGUAAAUUGAUGGUUAAAUAUAAUAUUGGUAACCCAGUCACUGGUGAUCCACUAGAACCACCAAGAGCUUUCAACUUGAUGUUUGAAACAGCUAUUGGUCCAUCUGGUCAAAUGAAAGGUUAUUUGAGACCAGAAACUGCUCAAGGUCAAUUUUUAAAUUUCAAUAAAUUAUUAGAAUUUAACAACAAUAAGACUCCAUUUGCUUCUGCUUCUAUUGGUAAAUCUUUCAGAAACGAAAUUUCUCCAAGAGCUGGUUUGUUGAGAGUCCGUGAAUUCUUGAUGGCAGAAAUUGAACAUUUCUUGGAUCCAUUGGAUAAAUCUCACCCAAGAUUCCAUGAAGUUAAUGAUAUUGUAUUACCUUUCUUACCACGUGAAGUUCAGGAAUCAGGCUCUACCACACCAAUUGUUACAACUAUUGGUGAAGCUGUCUCGUCUGGUAUGGUUGAUAAUGAAACUUUAGGUUAUUUCAUUGCUAGAAUUUACUUAUUUUUAGUUAGCAUUGGUGUUGAUGACACUAAAUUAAGAUUCCGUCAACAUAUGGCUAAUGAAAUGGCCCAUUAUGCUACCGAUUGUUGGGAUGGUGAAUUGUUGACCUCAUAUGGUUGGAUUGAGUGUGUUGGUUGUGCUGAUAGAUCAGCUUUCGAUUUGACUGUUCACUCUAAGAAAACUAAGGAAAAAAUGGUUGUUAGACAAAAAUUAGAAAAACCAAUUGAAGUUACCAAAUACGAAAUUGAUUUAACCAAAAAAUUAUUUGGUCCAAAAUUUAGAAAGGAUGCUCCAAAAGUUGAAGCUUUCUUAUUAAAUUUAUCUCAAGAAGAAUUAGAAAAGAACGCCAAAUUAUUAAAGGACAAUGGUAAGAUUACUUUCAAUGUGGAAGGUGUCGAAUCUGAAGUUGAAUUAGAUGAAAAAUUUGUUGUAAUUGAAAAGAGAACUAAGAUUGAACAUGUUAGGGAAUAUGUUCCAAAUGUUAUCGAACCAUCUUUCGGUAUUGGUCGUAUCAUCUAUGCCGUUUUUGAGCAUUCUUUCUGGAGCAGACCAGAAGAUACUGCUAGAUCAGUCUUAUCUUUCCCACCAUUGGUUGCACCAACUAAAGUCCUGUUAGUACCAUUAUCUAACAACAAAGAAUUAGUUCCUGUUACUACAGAAGUUUCUAAAAUCUUAAGAAAAGAGAAGAUUCCAUUUAAAGUUGAUGACUCUGGUGUGUCAAUUGGUAAGAGAUACUCUCGUAAUGAUGAAUUAGGUACUCCAUUUGGUAUUACCAUCGACUUCGAAUCUGCUAAGGACAAAUCUGUUACUUUAAGAGAAAGAGAUUCUACAAAACAAGUAAGAGGUUCUAUUGAAGAAGUUAUUAAAGCCAUCAAAGAAAUCACUUACGAAGGUUCUAGCUGGGAAGAAAGUACUAAAAAUUUGACACCAUUCACUUCAACUCAAACUGAAGAAACUGUAUAG